AUGCAACCAUCACUGAAUAAGCUUAUUUUAUUGAUUUCUGAAAGGUCCAAGCUAUUCAAACAAUUUAUUAAAGCUGAUGUUACCUCAGAUCCCUUUAGAGCGUACAAUAAGUGCAUAACAAAGAGAACUGAACUUCUGAACAAUUUAUUUGCCACUUAUUGGAAAGACGAUGAAAAAAAUAGUACAAAAAGUUUGUUUUGUUUCACAUGA